AUGGACUCGGAGCCUGAUCCUCACCAGCAUCUCUCCUCUGCCUACAGAGCACUGCAACCACAAGCUGCCCCGGGAAUUCAGCACGGCCAGCCGCACCUAGGUCAUCAUACGUUGGAUUCCCAUGCCGGACUGCUCGACCUCAACGAUAACGAUGCCGUGUUCCGCCAUGAUCUCCAGCAACUGCAGGACAAUACAGCCUUCCAAAACCCAAAUCCUUUCGAUCAAAAUCAUAGCCAGCGGGCUAUACACGUACAGAACAAUGACAGCCCACAUUCCCCGCAGCAUAACAAUGGUGGACAGUUUGGUAUCUUAACGGCAGGGCCAAUUCAGCACAGCUCGAUCCGUGGCUUGCAGCAGGAGGAAGAUCUAUUUGGAGGCCCGGCAGCAGAUGGCUCAGAUCAAAAGAGCAACGGACAUCUCAGCACGAAAGCUGUCAUCGACCCUCCCGAUCUUGCCGAGUGGCGCCUGAAAUUGUUCAACGUGGACGAGAUGAUCACUUUGAGUGAAGAUGAGUUCCAAACCUACUUCCCUCACGUCGAUAACGUAUACUCUCAUCGUUCUACCCAACGCUAUAAGCGGAAGCCAUUUGUAUCUCAUUAUUGGGACUGCCGAUUAAAGGGUAGGCCACCGGGAACACCCAAGUCGAACGACCCAAAUAAGAAGAAGCGUAAGCGAACAGCAAGAGAACGGGAUCUUUGUGAUGUGAAGAUCAAGAUCACCGAGUAUUUUCCUGGAGCUAUGUUGCGUGCAGAUUUCGUGCCAGAUGGAGGACCGAUCUCUCAACCCGUAGAUCCUUCGCAGAGCAACAACUUCUUUGCACCUGGUCAACCGGGAGCACCUAUGCAUCAAUCACAGCAAUUUGGCGUCUCCUUCGUCAAUACUCCCUUGGGGGCAAAUCAUCCGGGCGCAACAGGUCAAAGAUACUACACUAUCCAGCGGGUCAACGGUAAUGGUGGUAAUGGCAAAGGUGAUGGUGUCCCGGGUCCCCAUAAGCAUGGCUUGGAGGAGAGUGAUCGGGUCAAGAAGAAUAGUAUACAGAGACUUACUAUGAAACAAGACAAGCAAGAGAAGAAGACACAGGCCUGUGCAGCUUGUUUCCUAAGUCACAACCCAUCUCCAAGCCGUCAAAGUUCAACACAAGAAGCAGUGAGCGUCCCUUUGAGUACAGUGGCUGAUACGCCAGAACAACAGAAGACUUAUCACAAGAAGGCAAGCGGUAAUGCUUUAGCCACUGUCAGAAAGCAUUCCAAAGACCAUGAAUUGAAGCUCUUUGGCAGCUGCUUUUGCCCAUUCGUACAACGUGUUUGGAUUGCUAUGGAGGCCAAAGGCUUGCAAUACCAGUACAUCGAGGUCGAUCCUUAUAAGAAGCCACAAAGUCUCUUGGAGGUCAACCCUCGAGGUCUUGUUCCGGGUAUUCGACAUGGCGAGUGGGGUUGCGGCGAGAGUAAAGUCUUGGUGGAAUAUCUUGAGGAUCUCGGCGCUGGUCAACCUCUUCUCCCUCAGGGCAACCCACAACUUAAAGCAACAUGCCGAUUGUGGGCCGACCAUAUCGAUCGAAAUAUCGUCCCAACCUUCUACCAACUCCUACAGGCCCAAGACUUCAACAAACAAGCCGAGUACACCAAAAAACUCAAGGACGAAAUCGGUAAAAUCGUAGACAUGGCCGAGCCCCAUGGCCCUUUCUUUCUCGGUAACCAGCUCUCCUACGUCGACAUCCAUUUCGCGCCCUGGAUGAUCCGUCUGGCUCGCGUUAUGAAGCACUACCGUGCCUGGCCUGACCCAUUACCUAACAGCAGAUGGGGACGCUGGCUAGAUGCCGUUGAGAACAACGAGCAUGUCAAAAAUACUACUAGUCUGGACGAGUUAUACAUCGAUAGCUAUGAGCGGUAUGCGCAGAAUCGCCCCAAUACUUCGGAGUUGGCAGAAGCUAUUAAUGGGGGGUAUGGACUGCCAUGA